CUGUUUUGUGUUUUGGGUCAAUCACCUACUUCAACUCGUACCGCUUACGGCCCCUUUUUCAUCUCUUACAAGCUUUUCAUAUAAUUUUGUCAGAUAUUUGCAGGUUGGUCUUUAUGGGGUUGGUGAUUAUUUUAGCAAUUCAUUGAUUACUUGUUCAUUUAUAGAAAUAAAUAAAUAAAAAGGUUGCAUUGCAUUGCAGCUGCGGCAGGACUUGUUAUUUUAUUUGUUUCAGCUUCUUUCGUUCUUCUGUCACUCUCUCCUGCGCAUUGGCAACAACACCUUAUCUAAAUCUGAAUGGGUGGCUGAUACUUGUUCAUACCCUCCCCAAAGUUGGAACAAGUUUUUCUAUCUAUUCAUUCAUAUCCAAGGUAGCUUUUAAAUGUACAAAGGCUUCUUUCCUUUCUUCUUCCUCUUAUCCCAUCAUCCUUCCCGCAUAUACAGCAACCCAAUGGGUUCAUUUCAUCCUCAUUCAGAUAGGGAUGCACAAGGGAAUUUCACUCAUCUUAUUAAUCGGUUUGCUGGCAUGGACAUAUCAGGCCAUCCAGCCUCCACCUCCCAAGAUCUGUGGAUCUCCAGGUGGCCCUCCCGUUACAGUAACUAGAAUAAAACUGAGGGAUGGAAGGCAUCUGGCCUACAAGGAACAUGGUCUAUCAAAAGAAAUGGCCAAACAUAAGAUCAUCUUUGUUCAUGGAUUUUCUAGUUGCAGACAUGAUGAAGUCAUUGUGGCAAACCUCUCCCUGGAACUUGUUGAGGAACUAGGGGUAUACAGUGUGUCCUUUGAUAGACCAGGGUAUGGAGAAAGUGAUCCUGAUCCAAGGCGAACACUGAAGAGUUUGGCCCUUGACAUCGAAGAGCUUGCUGAUCAGUUGAGACUUGGACCCAAAUUUUACAUAAUUGGAUUUUCUAUGGGAGGCCAAUCUGUGUGGGGCUGCCUUAAAUACAUACCUCAUAGACUAGCAGGAGCAACGCUAUUGGCACCAGUUAUCAACUAUUGGUGGCCUGGCUUUCCUGCCAAUUUAUCUACAGAAGCAUACUACCAGCAGCUUCCCCAAGACCAAUGGGCCCUGCGUGUUGCUCACUAUCUCCCAUUCUUGGUCUAUUGGUGGAACACUCAAAAGCUUUUUCCCGCAUCCGCUGUACAAGCCCGUAGACGUGAAAUUUUCUCCCCUCAGGAUAUCCAACUCCUACCUAAAAUCGCUUAUAGAGAAAAUCACAGGGCAGUUGUAAGUCAGCAAGGAGUAUUUGAGUCCUUGCAUCGUGACAUGAGGAUUGGUUUUGGGAAGUGGGAAUUCGAUCCCCUUGAUCUCGAGUCUCCUUUCCCAAACAAUGAAGGCUCUGUUCACCUUUGGAUGGGGGAUGAGGACGGCUUUGUACCAGUUAUCCUUCAACGCUACAUUGCCAAAAGACUUCCAUGGAUUCAGUACCACGAAUUACCAGGUGCUGGCCAUUUGUUUCCAUAUGCUGAUGGAAUGAGUGAAGCUAUCAUAAGGGCCCUUCUGGUUGGACAGAAGUAGCCACCUCCAGCGAAACAGGGCAGGAUGAUCCUGCUGUUUUUAGCAUUGUAUUACCUUCAAAAACAUUCCUUACGAACACAAAUAUUUGACAACAGUUUUCUUUAUAUUUAAUUGGUAUUAAAUUGAUAUAUUGACCGGCUUUUAGACAUU